ACACAAACACCUGGCUUAUUUUUAGGCAUCCUCUUCCAUCUCCAGGGGGGAAAGUGAGUCCCAGCCUCAUGUCACAAGGAAAGCACUAGCCACCAUAGGCUACCUCUCUCUUUUCCUCCUUCCUCCUAGGAGAAUCCCAAACACACCAAUCGUGUCUUGGAUUUCCCAAACACAGCGCUCUCUCGCCCUUCACCUCUCCUCCCUCUCCCCCUUCCAUUACAUGGAUAAGGGAGGGAGGAAGAUGGAGGCAUGAAGUGGCGCAGAGUAGACGCUUGUAAAUCAUCCCUCCAUUUGCUUCUUUUGCACUGAAGAAUCCCUGAAGAAUCCAGCAGGAUGGAGAAGAAGGUGUCCAUCCUCAUGAACCGGUAUGAGCUCGGACGCAUGCUCGGGCAAGGCACCUUCGCCAAGGUAUACCAUGCGCGGAACCUUGCGUCCAACCAGAGCGUCGCCAUCAAGGUCAUCGACAAGGAAAAGGUACUGCGUAUCGGCAUGAUUGACCAGAUCAAGCGAGAGAUCUCCGUCAUGCGUCUCGUCCGCCACCCCAACAUCGUCCAGCUGCAUGAGGUCAUGGCCAGCAAGAGCAAGAUAUACUUUGCAAUGGAGUAUGUCCGGGGUGGUGAGCUCUUCAGCAGGGUAGCCAGGGGCCGACUUAAGGAGGAUGCUGCAAGGAAGUACUUUCAGCAGUUGAUAGGGGCUGUGGACUUCUGUCACAGCCGCGGUGUCUACCACCGAGACCUCAAGCCAGAGAACCUCCUUGUGGACGAGAAUGGCAACCUCAAAGUAUCAGACUUUGGGCUGAGUGCCUUCAGGGAGUGUCAGAAGCAGGAUGGGCUACUCCACACAACAUGUGGCACACCUGCAUAUGUUGCACCGGAGAUAAUCAACAAGAAGGGCUACGAUGGAGCAAAAGCAGACAUAUGGUCUUGUGGUGUCAUACUCUUUGUUCUGCUUGCUGGCUAUCUACCAUUCCAUGACGCAAAUCUAAUGGAGAUGUACCGGAAAAUUAGCAAAAGUGAUGUUAAGUACCCGCAGUGGUUCAAUACUGAUGUGCGAAAGCUUCUGUCUAGGCUGCUUGAUCCAAAUCCAAACACUAGGAUCACCAUCGAGAAGCUAGUUGAGCACCCAUGGUUCAGGAAGGGGUAUAAACCGGCAGUGAUGUUAGCACAGCCACAAGGCUCAAACAGCCUCAAGGAUGUCCAGACUGCUUUCAGCACUGACCACAAGGACAAUGAAGGAAAGGCAAAAGAACCAGCAAGCUCUUUGAAGCCAGUGAGCUUGAAUGCAUUUGACAUCAUUUCCCUCUCUAAAGGAUUUGACCUGUCAGGCCUGUUUGAGGAGGACAAAGAGCAGAAGGCUAACUCACGGUUCAUGACACAAAAACCAGCAUCAGCAAUAGUGUCAAAGCUAGAGCAGAUUGCUGAGACAGAGAGCUUCAAGGUGAAGAAGCAGGACGGACUGGUGAAGCUCCAAGGAUCAAAAGAAGGGAGGAAAGGGCAGCUUGCGAUCGAUGCAGAGAUCUUUGAAGUAACACCAUCCUUCUAUGUUGUCGAGGUGAAAAAGUCAGCAGGGGACACAUUGGAGUAUGAAACGUUCUGCAACAAGGACCUAAGACCUUCACUCAGGGACAUUUGCUGGAAUGGUCCGUCAGAGCGUCCAUCACCGGCAGAGCCAUCAACUCUAGCUCAGUCCUCUAAGUCAAUCUCGAGACAUGCCAUUUAAGUGCAACCUCAUAAGAGAUGCAAUGACAAUCCAUUUCCUCCUUUUUCCUUUCAUCAAAGAGCUGAGAGUUUUCUCACUUGAGCAUCAGGCUUAGGACUCUUUGCUGAUAUUUUUGCCAGUAUUCCUUGUGUAGUAGCACUUUGUUUACAUGGAUCUCCUGUUCCUUUAACUGAUAGAAGCAGGGAGAUUGCCAACGGCA